AUGAAGCUCUCCUCAGCAGCCAUCACCGUAGCCGCCAUUUCUCUCCUCUCUACCACGCACGCCGCCCCCUUGGCUUUCAAGAAUGGCGAAAUCACCGGCCAUCUCCACCACCGCCGUGGCUCCGACAUUUCCGACAUCUCAAGCGCCUCCAGCGCCAGCGAAGCCAUCGACGACCUAGACAUUGGCUUCGAGCCCGGAGCCACCCUCCUCCUCCCCCGCAUCUUCAACUUCUUCAAGCGUCAAAGCUCCUCCAGCGCCGCCAUCUCCACGUCGGUCUCACCAUCGGCGCAGUCGACCGAUGACGAGGCCACGUCCGGAACGACGGAUGCAGAUCUCCACACGGAAGACAUGACGCCCGAUUACGAAUCGUAUGGGUUCGCCUCCGAGGGCGGCGACGUUACCGCAUUGGCUCCGGUCAGGGAGGUCAAGGAAUAA